AUGGAGCAGGAAUGCCACAUCGUGAUCCUGAUGAGGGAUCCACUGCCUUUAGCAGCCUCAUCAAGCUCUUAUUUCUAUACCUCAAGCUCCUUUCCUUACAAGCUGCAGACUCAUGCGCGCCAUGUGGCCGUAGAAGACUUUGCGUGGAAAGCAGCACACCCCAACCGUGUUAUGUUCCCCAUCGGUAGCUGGAAACAACACUGGAUUGACUCGUCCGGUCGCUCGGCUCCAGUCCCGCCAGCCCGGGUGCAGGCAGGCAGGCGCAGAUCGGACGGAGUGGGCAAGUGGCGGCGCCUUUCCAUGUCGAAGUCGGUCCAGAUGCCAUUGUCCAACAUAACCGUGUCGAAGCCCUCAAUCUCCCGGGUACCCAGCAGCAUGGAGGGCAUCAACCAUGAGCUAGAGAAGGUCUUUAUCAAAGACCAUGGCGAGAAGGAGGAGUUAAAGUCACUUGAAGUUCCCGAUGGGCGCCGGGCGCCCUUUCCCCCCCAGCAACGCAGCAGCAGCAGCAGCUCAAGGGGCACUGAGAGCCAAAUUCCCCUAGGCCCUGGGAGGUCCAGCAGUUGCUCCAGUCUUUCACCCUGCCUUUCACCCGCCUGUCCAUCGGGAUCACACGACAGCAGUCCUUACUCCACGGAGGAUUUACUGGAUGAUCCCGAUAAAGACAGUGAAAGUAGCUCGCCGCUACCCAAAUUCGCCUCAUCACCCAAACCUAACAACAGCUACAUGUUCAAGCGAGAGCCACCUGAAGGUUGUGAGAAGAUAAAAGCCUUUGAGGAGAUGAGCUCCAGGCAGUCCACGGCAGCAUCUGCUCCCCUCUUCUCCUGUCCUGACAAAAACAAGGUAAACUUCAUUCCAACCGGCUCUGCAUUUUGCCCCGUUAAACUCCCGGGAUCCCUACACCUCACGUCAGCCGCACAGUCUGAAGAGAGUGAGGACGGGACAGGGCUUCAGGGGGUCCCUGCUCAAGCCUCUACAAGCACCACAACAGAUGAUCUUCCAGAGGAGCCUCGUUUACCCUCAGAGACUGCAGAAGUGCAAACAGACAGUCCAGCCAGCAGCUAG